AUGCAACGAAAAGAUGCCGAGCACGCGAUUCAUCUUUUUCAGUACGUGCUGAAAGGAAAUGAUCGAUUGCUUUUUUCGGAUGAAAAGGCGAUUUUGAGGAAAGCGAACACUCAUAGCGACGUCGGAGGCUCGAUCGAAAAGAAGAAAAACUUUUUGUACUUGGAUUUCAAAAGAUCGGAAAAUAUUACAAACGGAUUGAGCGACAAGGAUGACCGACCACUUGGAAUUACAUUUGAUCACGCAUCUCAGAAAUGGUGGAUUUGCUGUGAAAAUAAUAUGAUUGUUUCGUUUGAUGCAUCGAAUAACUAUAAAAAAAAUCUCACAAUGAACACCGCGAUUAAAUGUCCAACGGCGGUGACAGUUCUUGAGAGAGAUGUCUUGCUUGUAUUGUGUCACGAAAAAGAGAAAAAUAAGUCGUACAUCGUGAAAUAUAAGGAUGAUCAUCCUAAAAAGACGCAGAAAUUCGUAACGUCUGAUCAUGCUUGGGCUAAAUUGGAAAAUCCGUGCCGAGCAAUUACCACGACUUCAGCGAAAAAUAUUCUUACCAUUGACUUUCCAUCGAACGCGACACCGCGCCUUAGAUGGCUUAAUAACGCUAAAAAGGUGCAGGCUUCGUUUCCACUUAAUGAUACUGUUCGUCCGAGUUAUAUCAGCUAUGCAAAGAAAAAGGUUGCGAUCACGGAUUGCAUCACAGGAAAAGUGUUGCUCCUUUUGAUUGAUGAGACGGACGACAAAUAUCCAACUAUUCAACUACUGCAAUUGCUUAAAGCUGACAACUUUUCAAUGAACGAAGCUCGUCCACUGCCCGAAUAUAAUUUUUGCCAAUUUCCUGUUGGCGUUCAAAUUGAUCAGGAUGGCCAAGUUUUGGUGGCGGAUGAAACGGCAUAUUCCAUUAAGCUAUACAAUGAGAAGCUUGGUUUCGUUCAGCGCAUUUCGUCGUCGCACCCGUAUCCUACAAUGAGCGCGUUUUAUCUGACCGCACAAGGAGCCAUUGCGAUUCUCGACAUUAAAGGCGGAUCGGUUUUAUUCGGAAAAUUGAAAUCCCUCAGUGAGGCAAAACCAUGGAUUUCUCUGUUCUAA